AUGGUGAAUCUUCCAAAGCCGUCCGUACUUGCAAGCGGAUCUGGGUCCGAAAUCUUGCGCGGAAGCAAUCUGCCUCCGCGGGAUCCGCUACCGUCUUCCUCCACACCUCCUUGCUGCUACCAAUUCGGACUCAUUGCGCUCCCGGCGGAACCGACCCACGGCAAGAAUCUUUGUAACAUCCUGGAUGCAAUUCUUAGUCUUUCACGCCAACUGACUGUCCCGGCACUCUUCGGAAAAGGCGACGGUCAAACAUGGACACAUUCCGAACAGCACUUCCCAGCUCUUCUGCGGUGGAAGGAGCAGCAAGUACCCGCCAUUCUUUCUCGACUUGCCGGAGCGCUGCAGCAGCUCAAUGAAAGUCACGCAAAGCAAGUAUCUGGAGAGGAGGCCAAAGCUCUGCAUCUGGUCCUUGGUCAUGUCGUCUGCGCCGUCGCGAGGUACAUUGCUCCCACACCCCUCUCCAUCGCUCCUGCGUCCCCUUCACCAUCUCACACAACACCACCGGAAGACGGCUGGACGAGUACAACAUCCUUCUCCCAAGCUUGCUCCAUCCUUUCACUCUUACAUCAGCAAUCACCGCUCCCAACAUCGACAAUCGCCCGAGCCCUACUCUCCGACUACAUCAAACCUAUCUUCCGCGAAACUGCCUCCUCCUCCUCCGCAUCCACCAGCUCCAUCAACCCCACCACGGGUCGCAAAGCCCCAUCCCCCUCAGGCUCUUCCUUUAUUUCUCACCUCGAUGCGAACCUCGGACAGCAUCGUUUCCAAAGCGCAGCUGAGGACGGGGAUGCUGCGAACCUGGCUCCGCAAAAAUUCGCGCUGCAGGUCGAGUCCGAGGAGAGGAAUGAGGCGGUGGGAUGUGCGAAUGUCUUCGGCUGGUGUCUGGAUGAGCUUCGGUUGGAAGAAGAGGGAGAUUGGACGGAGGUUUGGCCGUUGAUAGUGCCGGCGCUGUUGACGUUGCUAGAACAUCCGCAGCCGAGGUUCAGGUUGAAGGGAAGUGUGAUCGUGCAUCGACUGCUGAAUCGACCCAGAUCCGGGAAAGGUGACGAGGAGAGCAUCCAGCGAAAGGAGAUGGUACUGGGGAAGAUUCUCAUCCGAACAGGUAUCGGAAGUCUGCUCGAACGAGCUCUUCACGUCAACCUCACCUACAUUCACGAUCAAGAUUUUGCACCGGGCCUACUGUACCACUCCAUCGGCUCGCUUCGACGUCUCAUCCUCCUAACGACACAUCCGAUCGUAUACCUCGAUCCUCAACAUCUGCCUUCUCCUACUCCAGCAUCAACCACAGCUUCGUCGCACGGAUCCAUCGACGUGGCGAACGAUUGCGGUCAACGUCGAAUGGAAGCAUUCUUCCGACUGAUCUCCGAGUCCAUCCUUUCCACCUGGUCGUACCUACCUCUUCCACCGUCGAGUACCAGACUGGGUCGCCAACUGGUGGACGCCACUUGCCAAGCGUAUCUCGUCCUGAUCGAUGAUCUAUCACCACCGUCAAGGGGAGGUGGUGUCGGUGCAGUGGCGAGGUUUCUGGACGUCACUGUCGAUUGGAUCUUUCGAAGCUGGAUGGGGAAUCUUGGGUUCGAUCACAUGGAUCAGGUUGAAGUGACGAUCAAGGUGAUGCACCUUGCUAGCAGGUUGCUCUUUUCUGGAAGGGUCGACAGCGAGCUAGGAGUUGAUGGAUCACGUCGUUUCAUGGGGUUGACCUUGUCGUCGCUCGCCAAGUGUCACAUUUCGGCGUUGGAGUCGCCUCUGCGAUCACGGCACGGCAUUUCAGAGAUCACAUCAGAGGACAGUUGGGACAAGCUCGAACGGUGUCUUUCAGCGUUCUUGGAGAGGCUGUCGGAAGCCGAUCCGUCGGUAAAGUCACGCUGGGCGGAACUGGUCAAAUUGGAUUCACGGCUCAAGGUGUUGCUCCCAAACCAAUCGCAAUAA